UCACGUACGUUUGAACAAUGUAUGCCUUCAGCAAUAUUUCUAUGUCAUAAUGUAAACUGUUUUUUUGCGUCCAUCUUAAAAUGUGCAACGUUAGUUUGUGACCCGUCAAUACAAGAUAGUUACUUAUUACGUCACGGAUUCCGUCCGGACACUUAUUACUGCCCGUACAGUAACAUCUACCACAGAAACGUUACCGUGGACUCCGUUUGAUAUCAACUUCUUAAACUUUGCACCUUUCUUUUUAUCUGUAGAUUUUAAUACAUUAAAUCUUUCAGCAAGAGAUUCUGGUGACGAUGGGUGUACCAAAAUUUUACCGAUGGAUUUCGGAGCGAUAUCCUUGCCUCAGUGAAGUUGUCAAGGAGCAUCAGAUUCCGGAGUUCGACAACCUCUACCUGGACAUGAACGGUAUCAUUCAUCAGUGCUCCCACCCCAACGAUGAAGACGUGCACUUCCGCAUCUCAGAAGAGAAAAUUUUCGCCGACAUUUUCCACUACCUGGAGGUCCUCUUUCGCAUCAUCAAACCCCGCAAAGUGUUCUUCAUGGCCGUUGAUGGCGUCGCCCCCAGAGCCAAGAUGAACCAGCAGCGCGGGAGACGAUUCAGGUCUGCGAAAGAAGCGGAGGAUAAGAUAAAGAAGGCUCUGGAGAAAGGAGAGGUUCUUCCCACAGAGGCUCGAUUUGACUCAAACUGCAUAACUCCAGGCACGGAGUUUAUGGCCCGACUCCAGGAGCAGCUGAAGUAUUUUGUCCACAGUAAACUGUCCACUGACAGGUCCUGGCAAGGGGUCAGUGUGUACCUGUCCGGCCACGAGACCCCCGGGGAAGGAGAGCAUAAGAUCAUGGAGUUCAUCCGCUCGGAGAACGCCAAGCCGGAUCACGACCCCAACACCCGCCACUGCCUCUACGGCCUGGACGCGGACCUGAUAAUGCUCGGACUCACCAGCCAUGAGCCCCAUUUCUCCCUCCUGAGAGAAGAGGUGCGCUUCGGUGGGCGGAAGGCCCAGAAGAGAAUUACAGCUCCUGAGGAGACUACUUUUCACCUGCUGCACCUGUCACUCAUGAGGGAGUACAUAGACUACGAGUUCUCUGAGCUAAAGAAUAAGAUCUCGUUUGAGUACGACCUGGAGCGGAUCAUCGAUGACUGGAUACUGAUGGGCUUCCUGGUGGGGAACGACUUCAUUCCGCACCUCCCUCACCUUCACAUCAACCACGACGCCCUGCCCCUGCUAUACCGCACCUACAUCAGCGUGCUGCCCAGUCUGACUGGUUACCUCAAUGAGAAUGGAAACUUGAACCUGGCCAACUUCCAGAAGUACCUGGACAAAUUAUCAGAGUUCGACCGGGAGCACUUCAGCGAGGUGUUUGUGGACCUGAAGUGGUUCGAGAGCAAGGUGGGGAACAAGUACCUGAACGAGGCGGCGGGGCUGGCAGCCGAGGAGGCGCACGCUCGCGAGGGGAGGAAGAGCAAGGUGCUGGACGACUCUCUCUCUCUGACCGUGCUGGACGGCGGUAAGGACUCGGACGGCCUCCCUGCCAGAGACUGUGGGGAGGAGGACGGGGAGGACGAUGACCUGUUCGAGACGGAGUUCAGGCAGUACAAGCGCUCGUACUACAUGACCAAGCUGGGCGUGGAGGUGGUUUCAGAUGAGUUUCUGGCCAGUCAGGCCCUUUGUUAUGUUGAGGGUAUUCAGUGGAUCCUGCAUUACUACUACCAUGGAGUCCAGUCCUGGAGCUGGUACUACCCGCACCACUACGCCCCCUUCCUGUCGGACGUGAGGAACAUCGCGGGGCUCAAGCUGGAGUUCGACCUCGGCAAGCCUUUCAUGCCCUUUGAGCAGCUGCUGGGAGUCCUGCCUGCGGCCAGCAAAGACCUGCUGCCUCAGUGUUACCAGCACCUGAUGACAGCGGAGAGCUCUCCCAUCAUAGAGUACUACCCCCUGGACUUUAAGACCGACCUAUGGUAACAGCAGAGUGGCUGGUCACACCUUAUCGACGAGACUCGGCUGCUGGCUGCUAUGGAGCCCUACAGUGCUCUGAUGAGUGCGGGAGAGAAGGCCAGGAACAGGCACACAGAGUGCGCUCUGUACCGCUACGACAGCGAGCUGGACUACACCUACACCUCCCCCCUGCCCGAGCUCUUCCCCAACAUCCCCCACUGCCACGCCAGGCAGUCCCCCAUCCCCAUGGACGCGUGGCGCGUGCCGCUGGACACCGUGGUGAAGCGGGUGGAGGCCAGCCUGCUGUACUUCUGCGGCUUCCCCACCCUCCGGCACAUCCGCCAUACGUUCUGUAAGAAGAAGGCCGGGGUGGUGGUGUUCCAGCAGAGCAGCAGAGGGGAGAACACGAUUCUGGAGAUCAAGAGGGACCAGCAGAGGGAGCCGGACUGUGAUGGCGUGGCGUCCCUGGUCCUGGGGAGGUCCGUGUUUGUGAAUUGGCCCCACCUGGAGGAGGCGCGGAUCGUGGCCGUGUCGGACGGGGAGAUGAAGUUCAGCCUGGAGGAGGCCCCAGGAGUGCAGACGCUGUAUCUAGGCAACACGCCGCCGCCCACCAAGGUGGCUUACCUGAGUGACAAGGAGCAGAAGGAUUGGUUGAAGGAGGUGCAGACCGUCACUGAACAUUUCUCUAAGAGGAAGGGGAUCAUCAUUAACGAGACUGCAGUUGUGCUGUAUGGGCAGCUGCUGACAGGAAGGAAGUACGUGGUGGGCCACAGCGGCCAGGUGCGCCUGGAGAAACAGUGGGCCAAGCAGGUCCUGCCCUUCGCCUACCAGACCAUCGUCAAGGACAUCAAGGCCUUCGACCCCGCCUUCUCCCGCUUCAGAACCCUGGAGGAGCUGUUUCCACCGACGACCACCGUCUUCAUGGUGGGGAACCCCUAUUAUGGGGCUAUGGGAGAGGUUCAGGAGUCUGCUGAUGUCAUCAGUGAGGGACGGGUCCGGGUGGUUUUCACCGUGCCGUGUGAACCACAGCUCGACGCGCUAAUGCAGAACCAGCACAAGUACUCAGUGAAGUACAGCCCGGGCUAUGUUCUGGCGUCUCGGCUGGGCGUCACCAGUUACCUCGUGUCCCGGUUCUCUGGCAGCAUCUUCAUCGGAAGAGGCUCCAAGAGGAACCCUCAUGGGGAGCAGAAGGCCAACGUGGGCCUGAACCUGAAGUUUAACAAGAAGAACGAGGAGGUCCCGGGGUACACCAAGAGGACCGAGAAGGAGUGGCUCUACUCUGCAGCUGUGGAGGAGCUGCUGGCCGAGUACCUGGAGAGGUUCUCAGAGGUGUUUGACGCGGUCUCCAGGAACAGUCACGAUGACGUCUUCUACGAGGAUGACGUCUGGCCGGGAGAGGACGAGAACGGGGCUGAGAAGGUCCAGGAGAUCACAUCCUGGCUGAAGACCCACCCGGUUAGCUCCUCCUCCCGUGCGUCAUGUGACCUGCAGAUCCUUGACGCGGGCAUUGUGGAGAAGAUCGAGGAGGAGCUGGAGAAGUCCAAGCUGAAGAAGAGCAGCAAGAAGGUCAGAGUGACCGUGAAGCCACACCUCCUGUUCAGGCCCCUGGAGCAGCAGCACGGCGUGGUUCCUGAUCCUGAUGGGGAGUACCGGCUGUUUGACCGCGUGGUGAACGUGAGAGAGAGCUUCACCGUGCCGCUGGGCCUGAGGGGAACCAUCAUCGGCAUCAAGGGGGCUGACAGGGAGGCUGAGGUUCUCUAUGAGGUCGUGUUUGAUGAGGAGUUUGCUGGAGGUCUCACCAUCCGGUGCUCUCCUGGGCGGGGCUACCGCCUGCCCCCCAGUGCCUUAAUCAAUCUGACCCACGGCAGCCGGCUGGAGUUCGGCGGCCACAAACUGACCGCCAUCGUCAAGCCACAGCCCGCGUCCUCCGCGCAACAAGGCCAGAAGGGUCAGCUGGGGGGCCUGAACCACUCCCCCCGCUCCCCUUUAAUACCCACACAGCAACAGAAUGGGAGACAAGGCUUCAAUCUCAGGGCUGAAACUCAGACAAACAGAAACUCGCCUCAUAAGAAGAAUGCGCAGAAGGGCUUGUGUGCGGAUGAGGAGUUCAGCAGUGUGUGGCAGUCCCUGCAGGGUUCUGGAAUGCCCCAAAUCCCCCUUACCCAAUGGCAGAACAAUGCUGCUCAAGGCUGGGGCUCUGGCUCUCCGGGGCAGAAGAGGCAUCAGGAGGGGCAGCAGCAGGAUCAGGGACAGAGCCACCUCGGUGAACCCCAGCCCUCGCAGCCUCACUGCAAGCCUGGUCCUGCUGGAAACAUCAGAGUACUGAAGAGGAACGAAGACUUCAGCUCUCUCUUCCCCUCCCAGAACACACCGAGCAAGAGCAACUCUGAGUUUGACGACUUGAUCGCGAACCUGAAGAUCUCUAAGACCAGCCCGGCCCCGCCUCCCCAGCCCAAAGAGGGGACCGCCAACGAGCCGCUGUCCCCUCAGUCCUUCGCCAUGAAGGGGACACUUAUGCUGAAGGAAAUGCUGAAGAUUGACGGCUCAGGCAGCCCUGGCCCCGCCCCUGACUCCGCCCCUUCGGCCGCCACUCAGAACUCGUCCGGCGGCAGUGGGCAGUACCCCGGCAGGAGGAAACCGUCCAAAAAGCUGGCCGCCCGGAUCAACAAACCCCAGGGGGGGGAGUCUCCGGGGCAGCCUUUGCCCCCCGCGCCGGCCUGCGCCCCCCCUCCGCCCCUCAUCCCCACCGUGGCGUCUGAGCUGGCCCGGAUCUGCAUGGGUCUGGGCAUGGCCCCCCCCGAGUUUGCAUACAUUCGCAGCCCCCAGGGGCUGACAGUGUGCCAGGUGAAGCUGGCAAGCGGGCUGCUGGUCCACGGGCCGCAGUGCCAGACCGAGAACGAAGCCAAGGAGAAAGCGGCGCUGUUCGCCCUCCAGCGGCUGAAUUCAGUGGGCUCCAGCUUCCCCAUCCCUCCCCCCCUGUUCUCCAGCAUGCAGCCGAUGAGGGCGCUGGCACCGGGACCCCUGCCCUCUGUAUUCGGCCAACCACCUGGGGGUCUGCUGAUGCACCCUCCGGCUCCGGGCUACGCCCCCCUGCACUGGCCCAGCCACGGCCACCUCCCCCACCAGGGCCCGCCCUUCUACCAGGGCACGUACCCCGGGGCGCGGCCCCCGAACUCCGGCCUGCCCCUCGGCUCCCACAACCAGUUCGUCCCGCUGCAGGUAACGAAGAAGCGCGUGUCUGGCCGGAGGAACGCGGAGACGAGGGAGGUGUACAACUCGAGCUACGCGGGACGGCACCAAGGAAGCGAGCCCCCCCACCUAGCCCAGCCCGGCUUCGGCACGGCGUCCCCAAAGACUCCCCCCGCCUCCCAGGAGCCUCAGGACAAGCCCGCGCCCGCCACACCUAACGCCCCCAGGCAAAACCCCGCCCCUCACACCCCCGGCUCCGCCUCCAAGAGGAAAGCCAGGAAACUGGCUGUGAACUUUGAGGCUGGGAAGGUCCUUAAAUGAGAUUGCUGCCCCCCCCCCCCCCCACCCCAGGCUGUCUUUUUUUUAAUUAAAAAAAAAAAAAAAAAGACUGUAUUGUAGUUCCUUACAGAGGGAAAACAGCAGCAGCUAAACAACUGCAGCCAGGAUGAUGCUUUGUGUUCCUGUCCCAAUCAAAUUAGUGAUUCAAAUCGUCAGCUUCCUUUGUUGGGUCAUUCUUAUCCCAGUCUAUUGAACUGGCGAGGAUACUUUUUCGGUUUCUCUCAUUUUUCGAGCUAGCCAACCUUUUGGCCCUUUUGGGAUAGCGUUUUUAACUCAGCAGCCAUUUUGUUUUUUUGUCUGUUUUUGGAAUUUUUUUUUCUUCCAUUUUCGUUUCACAAAUAGUUUGAUUUAUUGUUUAUUUCUACACACGUCUGUGUCAGGGUAAAUUGUACUUCAAACCGUACAUUUUUAAAAAUGUUUUACUGCAAAUGUUUGGCCGUCAUUUUGAAGCCUGAAUUUGAAGCCACUUCAUCUUGAGCUGGAAUAUAUUUUCUUUUUUUUCCCCCAGAAGCACAACACACGCCUCAAAAGAAAAGAAAUGCCCGUUUCACAACAUAAAGCAUCACAGUUUCACACGACCCAAUGCUAAAACACUGUCAGAGAACACAACCCCAAUGCCCACUUGCCACGGAGUUGGUUCCUGGAUGUGUUGUGGGGUAUGUUCCCCAGCAGCCCCAAGUGACACGUGACCAGGCCUAAUAUUCUGUGGCUGGGCGCUUCACUGUCUCUAGUGAGUCUAUACAACAGAAACCAAACCAGCACAACUUGACUGCUCUGGUUUCCAUUUACUCUCUUUAGUAGCUGAUUUGUGGGGGGUUUUUUUUGUUUUUGGUUUUUUUUUUGUUUUCUUUAGUUUACUAUUUUCUAGACUCUUGUGGUCAAUUUUUCACUAUCUUGGAUAUCAUGUCAUGGGUUUUAAUUUAAUAAUUCCUUCUCCGAUGCGCAGACAUUGAGAGAAUAUAAAUUUAGUCAAUUUUUUUUUUUUUUUAAAUCACUUGUUCAACAUGGAUUUUUAUAAGGGGCCCCUUUUAAAGAUGGAAAUUAACAUGUGUUAGUCUCUUGGUGUAAUUUUUAUGACAGUUGCUAAAGAUAAAGGCUACCUGAACCAUUUGCACAUCUGUGUUUUGUUUUCAGAACAGAUUUUAUGUUGUUCAUUUAGCACCCUGAAAAUGGUGGCUUGGCGCUGGGCAACCAAUUGUAUUUUAAAAUGUAAGAAAGCAUAGUAAACAUUUUUCUGUUUUUCUGAAAUUAAAUUGGUUACAUAAAGCAACAAAGGUGCUAAAAACUUGCAGAAAUAUUGCAGAAGCGUUUUUUCCAUUUGGGAAAUGGUGUAAAUAUCCAUUUAAUAAAACCUUUGUUAUCUUUAUGUGAUUUACGUCAUUUAAUCAUGUGUAGUGUUGAGUGUAUCUCUAAUUGAAAAUGGCUGGUUUAUACGUAAUAUGUGGAAUAUGGCUACGCUGCGGACAUAACCACGCGCCACAUAACAUACCGCCAACGUCUUUUAUUUCUAGUUAUUUUAUUUUCAGUGACGGCCUUUUAUGUUAUCAAGGAGGUUUAUAUGGUCUUAUAAACCUCACUAAUGCCAUUGAAUCAAUGUGUGUGUGUAUAGUACCCCUUGUCUUACAAAUAAACCUAUUAUUGGUGUGA